UACAUGUUGGCUAUGUGAACAUUAAUUUGAAUAAGACUGCCUUAUAAGUCGGGAGCCCCUCCACAAGCCAAAUAUGAGUUGCAUCAUUAGUAAAGGUCGAUUUAUGAAGUUUAGCACGAAGUGAACUCUCGUGAACGAUCAUGGACAAUAUUCAUAUUAUCAAUGAUCGCAUAUCCAGCGUGGUGGAUGUGCGACUCCUCGCCAUUCCACUCGCUAUUAUUCUGUGGGUUGGUUAUGCUGCUAUAUUUCGAACGGAUGCUGUCGGCAAAGUGGAAGAACCAGCGCAACUAAAAGAUCCUAUCCCUUUUAUAUUCAACACUUUCCAGAACUUGACCAACAUGGGAGCUUUUCUAGAUAGGGCCAUUCCCUUGUUACGGGAGAGGAGAGUUAUUAGGUUUAACCUGGCCUUGAGACCUGUCUAUUGGAUAACAGGGCCCAAUCUUGUCCAGAAGCUAUUUGUCACAAAUUCAUCGUUGAACUCAAAUAUAGUACCUCUUAUUCUUAUAGAUAAGCUAUGGGGGGUGCCUAAAGAGGAGUCUAAGAGAUUUGCAGACGACAAAACUGGUCGCUUGACGUCUCCCAUACCAGGCACAAUGACCAGCCCAGAUCAAAAGCGUCUGUGGCAUACGGAACAUCAGAUCUACGACAGAUAUCUCACCCAACCUCCUUACAGCAACCAACUAGGCCAGCAUUUCUUCGAUGUGCUAGCGAAGCGGCUUGAUGAAUUUCCUACCACCGAGUGGACCACUAUCAACCUUUUCGCUUUUAUGAGAUACACUAUACCCGAGUGUGCCGUCAUCACCAUGUUUGGACCUCGAAUGCUUGAGCUCAACCCGGACCUUGUUGAUGCUCUCUGGGGCUUAGAUGCUAACCUUGGGAAGCUAGUCUGGGGUUUACCUAGCUUUAUUACCCCUCGGCCGUAUAAGAUACGAGACGAACUGCGUGCAAUGAUGGCGAAGUACCUUAACGCCGCAUGGGCCAAUUUCGACUGGAAUGGGCCUGAUGCAGAUUCAGACUGGGACGUUCACUUCGGUGCGCGAGUUUCUCGGGAGAUAGCAGUAUGGAUGAAAGAAAAUAACCUCUCAAUCGAAACUGCCUCCGGCCACACCAUGGCGAGGUUGUUUGGGAUCAAUGGAAAUAGCGUUCCGUCGGUGACGUGGGCCAUAAUGGAAUCUCUACAGAGGCCUGGGCUUUUACAAGAUUUACGAGACGAAGCCCAAAAAGCCAUUAUAGUUGACGCAAACACCGGAGAACGCCAUAUGAAUACGCAAAAACUUCUAGCAUCGCCCCUAUUACAGGCUAUUUUCCAAGAGACCCUACGCAUGCACACAUCAUUUAUGCUGACUCGAGAGGCUCGGGAAACUAUUUCUAUUGGCGGCUAUCGUAUAGAAAAGGGGUCGCUAAUACAGGCUCCUACGGACGUAGCUCAUUACGAAGAGGCCGUUUGGGCUAUUAACGGCCAUCCAGCAUCUGAGUUCUGGCCGGGGAGGCAUAUCAGGCUUGUGGAAGGAAAAGACGAAUCUGGAAAUCCUAUCACUCAACCAGAAUUUUUCGCAAAGGCUCGUCCUAGUUCAUUCUUUCCAUUUGGAGGAGGCAAUGUAGUAUGUCCUGGGCGGCACUUUGCGAGGCAACAAAUCAUCAUGGGGUUGGCUAUCAUAGUGUCUAAAUUCGACAUAGAAUUCAUCGAGUGGACAACUUUAGACGGCAAGAAGUCUGACCGGCCACCAAGGAACAGUAAAGACUUCGCCGGCACGGUAUCGACCCCUCCGGACCGGGAUAUGAAAAUUCGGUGGAAGAGGCGUUGGUAGGAUGGUUAAGCUUAUCGAACGAUCGUAGAUUUGAAUACUAGCAAGCCUCGCUAUACCAUCCGUCUUCGUUCUAGCUCACUAUUCAGUAGAUGAAUUGCUAAUACUUCGCUAUCCAUACCCAUCUGAUAGAGUCGGUCUACAACCAAUCAUGAGACCAGGGAGUUGCACUCAAUCUGACGAGAUGAUUAAUUUGUGUAACUAAAUAAGUAAUAUCCA